AUGAGCCAACGCAGACGGCAACGCUCGCCCGAUGCGAUGGCGAUCGACGAAGAGGAAAAGCAGUACGCGGUCGGCGGCAUGACGUUGGCAGAACUCGAUGAGAAGUACCCCAACCGCCCGCGCAAUCAUUCUCAAACCAUGCGCUUCUCAGAGCUCUUCCAGAGUUUGUUCAAUCCUUUGAAUGAGAACAAAAAACAGCCUCCUGGAAGAGGCCCUCCCCGCUCCAAGAGAGGUCCUCAGGCGACCAAGCUCUCGCCGCAGGAGCAGCGCCGCCAUAUUAUUGAGCGCUUCAUUUCUAGAUGGAGAAACGAAGUCGGAAACGACGUCUAUCCCGCCUUCCGGCUGAUUCUUCCCGACAAGGACCGCGAUCGCGGAGUCUACGGUCUCAAGGAGAACGCCAUCGGCAAGCUUCUCGUCAAGCUGAUGAAGAUUGACAAGAACUCCGAAGACGGCUACAACCUGCUACACUGGAAGCUUCCUGGCCAUACCACACAAUCUCGUCUCGCCGGAGACUUUGCAGGAAGAUGUUUCGAGGUCCUGUCGAAGCGCCCCAUGCGCACCGAGGUCGGCGACAUGACGAUUGCCGAGGUCAACGAGCUGCUGGACAAGCUGGCCGCGUCUUCAGGAGAAUUGGAGAAUCUCGAGGUCUUUGAAACCUUCUACGAGCGCAUGAAUGCGGAGGAGCUUAUGUGGCUUAUUCGCAUCGUUCUGAAGCAAAUGAAGGUCGGCGCCACAGAGAGGACGCUGCUGAACCUGUGGCAUCCCGAUGGCGAAGCUCUCUUCAGCGUGUCCUCAAGCCUGCGGCGUGUCUGCUGGGAGCUACACGACCCUAAGAUUCGGUUGGAGUCCCAGGAUACCGGUGUGUCUCUGAUGGAGUGCUUCCAGCCCCAGCUCGCGCAGUUUCAGAUGCCAUCAUCCUUUCAGAAGAUGGUUGACUACCUUCGACCCACGGAAGACGAUCCCGAAUUCUGGAUUGAGGAGAAACUUGACGGCGAGCGCAUGCAGAUGCACAUGAUGGAAGACUCGAGCUCGCCCGGUGGCUUUCGGUUCUGCUAUUGGUCGCGAAAGGCCAAAGACUACACUUACCUGUAUGGCAAGGACCUUCGAGAAGGUGCAUUGAGCCGUCACCUGAGCGAAGCCUUCACACCAGGCGUACGCAACCUCAUCUUGGACGGCGAAAUGAUCACAUGGGACCCGGAGGUUGACAAGAUAAUGCCUUUCGGAACGUUGAAGACGGCAGCGCUGGCGAACCAGGAGAUCAACAACACCACCGGUCCUCGCCCUCUCUUCCGAGUGUUUGACAUUCUCCUUCUCAACGAUCAGCCGUUGACGCAGUACACCCUACGAGACCGCCACAGAGCGUUGGAGAAAGCUGUCAAGGGAGUGCAUCGCCGACUUGAGAUCCAUCAAUAUGAAACUGCUACAUCGCCAGACGCAAUUGAGCCACUCCUCCGAAAGGUCGUCGCCGAAGCAUCCGAAGGACUGGUCCUCAAGAACCCGAGAUCCAUGUAUCGUCUCAACAGCCGCAACGACGACUGGCUGAAGGUCAAGCCCGAGUACAUGUCUGAGUUCGGAGAGUCGCUGGACUGCGUCGUCAUUGGCGGCUACUACGGCUCCGGACGGCGCGGCGGUGCUUUAUCCAGCUUCCUUUGCGGGCUCCGUGUCAGCCAGAACCACAUCCAGGCAGGCGCAAACCCAGAGAAGUGCUUCAGCUUCUUCAAGGUUGGAGGUGGCUUCAAGGCUGAGGACUACGCCGAGAUCCGUCACCGAACAGAAGGCAAAUGGAACAACUGGGACUCGAAAAAGCCACCAGUGGAGUAUAUCGAGCUAGCGGGAGACAGCCGCCAGUUCGAGCAGCCAGAUGUCUGGAUCCGACCCAGAGACUCAUUCGUCCUCGAGGCGAAAGCAGCAAGUAUCGGUGGCUCAGACCAGUUCGCCCUCGGGUUUACCCUACGAUUCCCACGCUUCCGCAAGCUGCGACUCGACAAGAACUGGAAUGAAGGGCUUAGUGUGCAAGAGUUCCAGGAUCUUCGAAAGCGCGUCGAGGCGGAGGCCAAAGAGAAGACGAUGAGCGUUGAGAACCGCAAGCGAAGAGCGCCCAAGCGGAUCAAGCGGGAGCUGACCAUCGCCGGAACGGAAAACACGCCUGUGCAGUUUGCGGGCGAGAAGACCAAGGUGUUUGAAGGACUCGAGUUCUGCGUGCUGUCGGAGUCGCUGAAGCCGUUCAAGAGGACCAAGGCGCAGCUCGAGACGUUGGUCAAGGAGAACGGCGGGCAGAUUUCCCAGCGGGCGAUACCACAGUCAGACAUGAUCCUGCUUGCUGACAAGAAUGUGGUCAAGGUCGCCAGUCUGCUGAAAGAGGGACAGAAGCUGGGCGGCGUGGAUAUUAUUCGGCCUAGGUGGCUGCAGGAUUGCCUUUCACAAUCACAAGAAGACGACUACCUCCUGCCAUACGAAGAGCGGCAUGUCCUGCACGCCACCGAGGCUCUGAAGACUGCCGCUAUCCAAAAUACGGACAUGUACGGUGAUAGUUAUGCUCGAGACAUAAGUGUCGAUGAGCUCCGGCAAGUGUUCAAAGAGGUGCCGAAGAAGGAGCCGGAUAUGGAGCCGUUCAAUAAGGCGCACUUCCUGGAGCAGCUGGAGGAGCGGGGCCACGGCGUUGGUGAGAUGAAGGGGGCAAUGUUCCACCGCUGCUUGGUGCACCUGCACGACGUGAAUGACGCUGGAGAAGACGACAUCAAAGUCCUAAGGUUAAGAAACUUUCUUCGGUUUGGCGGGGCUCGGUUGACACCGGACGUGGACGAUGAACAAGCAACGCACAUCGUGGUCGUGGGUGAUGGAGACCAGCGAAGACAGGCAGCGGAAGACCUGAGAAAGGAAGUCAGCUCAAGGCGGAAGAUCCCCCACAUCGUCACUGGCGACUGGGUUGAGGACUGCUGGAGAGAGAAGACUUUAGUUGAUGAGGACAAGUACACGCAGAUGUAA